AUGGGUUGUGUACUUCGUUUGAGAAAGUCAACGGUUACAGAUGAGGGUGUACAGGCACAACAUGUUGUGGAUGUUGAUGCAGACCUCAAGGAUAACAAGUUCCUCAAUGAUACAAUGAUGCCACUACUAGGUCGUAACUAUGUUUAUCCAGGUAAUAUUACAACAAUUAAGAAGGAGUUUGUUGUGGAGUUGAAUGAACUUAUUAGACCAAUGAGACCGGCUCAUCGUGUACAUCUUGCGUUGGACUCAUCAAUUGGAAGGGCAUUGUUUAUACGUGAUUUGACAUUGUUGCCAAGGCCAAAGUUUGUCCCGAAUGCUCCACUUGCAGCACCAUCGAGCUGUAUAACAGUGGAGAUCAAACCAAAGUGUGGCUUUGUCCCAUGCUCCAAGUACCUUAGCGACCAAACAUCAGACAUCAAAUUGCACAACUGUCGCUACUGCAUGCAUCAGCAACUCAAGUUAAAGGAUGGAUCCAUUCAUCACAUCAGCAGUUACUGCCCACUCGACCUCUUUAGUGGCGAUGCCGAGAGACAACGUAGAGCCAUUCGCGCAUUGAUUGAAUGCCCUCAGAACAACCUCAAGAUAUAUAAGGAUGGCCAACUGUUCUACACUGGCACACUUGGUGGCGGUGAGAAGGCUCGCAAGGACAUACUCACAUUGUUCCCCGAUGAGCUGGUCGCCAGCCAGUCACACGACGACACAGCAGCCAGAUUGGUCGAGACCGUGGUCACAAUCCUUCAGAAGGAGAAGGAUGUGCUGAACAACUUGUUGAAGGCACAGCAGUAUGAUGACAUGGACAUCGAGGCGAUAUACUAUCUCUACACUCUGUUGUUGCAGAGACAACAACAAGACACAUCGUCGCUGCCUAACAACUAUGACGACUUGGAUCGAUUUGCAAGCUUGAAGGAUAUCACUAGUGAGGAGGCCGAGCGACACAUUGAACGCUACCUCAUUGCCACGACGGCCAAGGACUGCUCAAUCAUGAUUGCAUUCGCACCCGAUGGAAUCAAUCAUCAAGUAGCCGUUGUCGAUUUGGAUGCCAAGAAGCGUGCCUCAAUCCCAUCAUACUUCACAACCGACCGCUCCAUUGUCCAAUACUUCAGGGGCAGCAGCAGUGGCACUGCUCAUCAGCAAUGUUCACUGGGUCGCAUGUAA